GUACAAUUGUUUGUUUACGUACCAGCAAUCGAGGAGGCGGAUGGGUGCAUCUUGAGCUUCUCGGGUGUCGUCUCAAAGCAGUGGUUUGCUAAGAUCACCUAGCUAGUAUCUGUACUUCUAGGAAGGACAGAGAUAAGUCGUACAAGAUGGUGACAGCAAGUAACAGGAACAGCGGCGAGACGAAAGAGGAUAAGAAAUCUACAGGACCGAGUCCAAGCAAUGGCCACGUCUCUGCUCACUGCGACGACGCUGAGAAAGAUGGGGAUACUGGAAUGCGAGUUGGGAAGGCUUUCCAAGCAGAGAUCCCAUCGAUGCUGCCUUCCCACGAGCGUCGGCCAGAGCAGUGUCCUGAGAGAGCCUUGCUGGUGUGGGCACCAAAGCUGGAGCUCAACGAGGAGAGCCUUGAACAAUACAUCUGGCUAGCAAAAGAUAAAUACGGGUAUAAUGCCGAGCAAGCUCUCGGCAUGUUGUUUUGGCAUCGACAUGACCUUGAAAAAGCAACUGCAGACCUCGCAAACUUUACACCCUUCCCGGAUGAGUGGACCACGGAAGAUAAAGUUCUUUUUGAACAAGCUUUCCAGUUUCAUGGCAAAAGUUUUCAUAGAAUUAGACAAAUGUACAUGUUAAAAUAUUACUUUCUGCAGCAAGUUUCUGAGGGUGUUGUAGGAGACAGUAGUGGAGAUCGGUCCGAGGAGGACGAGGAAGGCAGAACUGGGGAGGAGACGAAGACUUGCUCGAACUGCACUAUCCCAGCAUCUGUGCUCAAUGAAUCACCUAAGGGUCUACAGUGCCUCACCUGUUAUAAUCAUUGGAAACUGGGAUUUUACAGAAAAAUGGGCUGCUUGAGACCUACUGUGGGACCUAUGAAGAGAGACAAACAACUAAUAAAACAUAAGCGGCGUCCACCUCGUGGCAUGCACAUCAACCAUGAAGAAAUAAUCGAAGAAGAUGGCUACACACCGCAGCAAGUGUUUACUGUAGAUGAAACUGAGUUGUACUGGAAGUGGAUGCCAGCAAGAAACUUCAUAUCUGCUGAAGAGAAGACUUCUUCAGGUCUUAAGGUUUCCAAGGACCAUCUUACUCUACUUGUGGGUGGAAAUGUAGCAGGAGAUUUUAAGCUUAAGCCUUUGAUAGUGUACCAUACUGAAAUGCCAAGGGCUUUAAAGGCCUAUGGGAAACCCAAACUCCCUUUAAUUUGGUGCUCCAACAAGAAAGCUUUGGUAACUAUAAAUAUAUUUCAAGAUUGGUUUUUACACUAUUUUUGCCCAGCUGUUGAAAAAUACUGCACCACUAACAACAUUGCUCACAAGGUACUCCUCCUCAUAGAUAAUGCCUCAUGUCAUUCAUUUAAUUUAAAUAACCUUUCUGAACAUGUUAGAGUUGAAUUUCUUCCCAUGAAUAUAAUGGCAAUGAUACAGCAAAUGGAUGAAGGUGUUAUAGCCACACUUGAGACUUAUUAUUUAAGAAGAACCUUUGCCCAACUAAUCAGAGAGACGGAGGGUGGGAAUAAGCCAGCAAUAAAGGAAUUUUGGGAAAGUUUUGGCAUCAUGAAUGCUAUUGGAAACAUCUGUGAUUCUUGGAAUGAAAUCACAUCAGAAACAAUGAACAGUGUGUGGAAAAUUCUCUGGCCUGAUUGUAUCCAUGGUUUCAAAGAGACAGCUCAAGGCAUUCUCCAGAAUAUUGUGAACUUUGCCAGAGAUGUUGGCUUUGAAGAUUUCGAUGAGACUGAUGUGGUGGAGUUAUCAGAUUCAGAUGGAGAAAACCUUUCUGAUGAUGAUGAUGAAUUGGUGAAGCUUGAACUAAAGCAAGCUACAUCGGGAGAGGAUGAGGAAGAGAAGGCUGAUACCGAUCCCACCCCUCAAUUAACCCUGAAGCAGUUGUCAAAGUCUUUCAAUCUAAUAGAAGCAGCUCUGGCAAUCUAUACAGAAAAUGAUCCAAAUCUAGAAUGCAGCAUAAAAGUUAGGUCGAAGAUGGACAAUGCAAUUGCCUGCUACAGGGAGCUGUACAGAGAAAAGCAAAGGCGAGCCGAACAGCCUUCUUUAGAAAAGCAAAAAUUUUUACAUCCCUCUACAAGACUGAUAAUCUCAGGGAAGCGUCCUCCUUUAGCUGAAGUAAGACCCACUUCAAUCAACUUGACCUGCAGCAAGAAUAUUUCUCUGAAAACUAGUCAGUCAGAAGAAAGGGAAGGCAGCCCUGCUUCCCUCACUCCAUCCAACCAUCAUAUGCAGCUGUGUCAGUUAUCUCUGGAUUUGAUGGCUAUGGUAUCGUCUGGUCCUCCUGGUCCCCCUGGAACACUCACCCCUGGCCAACAGCUGCUGCGUCACAUGGAGAAUGAGGUCAUCGCUCUUAAACGCCAGGUGCAAAGCAACAAAGCACAGAUCAGCAGUGUGCGAAGUAAAAUAGCAGACGAUGGAAUAACUCCGUACCGUCCACCAGCACAGGCAGGACCUCCCAAGGCUAAGUGGUCCCAAGAGGAACUUCUUUUGGCAGUACAAGCUGUUCGUUAUUUUGGGAAAGACUUUAAAGCAAUUGCAGAAAUAGUGGGCAAUAAAACUGAAAAUCAUGUACGCAGCUUCUUCGUAACAUAUCGAAAACGUUACAACUUGGAUGGCGUCCUGAGAGAAUGGGAAGAAGAACAUGGCCCUGUUCGUGCUAAUGCUGAUGAGUAACUGGUCUACGCAAGUAGUUGGUUGGUUAUUCAGUGCAAAAAAAAAAAUAUGAUUUUUUUGCAACUAAAUAUUUCUUUGUUUUGUGAUUAACCAGGGAGAAAGAUACCUUCAUCUAAACUUGUCACAGGUUAUUUCAGGGGGGGAUAAAAAUUAUUCAGAGCUUGUGUACAGUAUUUUAUUGGGCUGCAAAACUGAAGUGGCACACAAUAAUUAUAAGCCAGGCAAGGAAUUAGGAAAGAUAUUGUAGUGUUAUCCUAAUGUACAGUAAAUUGAAAAUGAUCUCAUGUUUUAUUAAGGUAUGAGCUUUCGGCUGCUGCUUUUGCUUCUAUAUUUCCUCAUCGUUGCUUAUUUACCCUUUCUUCUCUCUUCCCUCUCUUUCCCAUCGAAAUAAAAAUCUCAGCUUAAGUUCAUUUUAUGAAAUCCCAGCUUCUAAGAGAUGGUUGUUAAUAGAAUAAAAAAAUUAUGCCUGUUCAGCCAACAUAUGGAGAAAAAAUAAACUUCUGUGUUUGAUGUGUUAUUUUUUUUUUUAAAUUUGUUGAAUAGUUUAUUGAAGAGUUGUUAAUUCCAGAACUUUGGUAAAGCUUCUUUCAAUAUUUCAGUUCAGGAGUACUGUACAGUUCUUUAAAAAAUUGUGUAUAAUUAAUGUUGUUAUUGGCAAAAUGUGACUUUUAAACAUUAAACAAGUUACUGUAGCUAAAUGUUUGAAAAGAAAAAUGUGUUAUUAAUAUUUAGGAACACUUACAUACAGUAGAUGGGGACAUAAAACAAGAUAAUACAGCUUUGCAGGCAGUAAUUUUUAUUAUAUGUGAGGCUUGCACUCAUAAAAGGGAUUCUUAAAUUUAAGUUAUACCUGAGCCUUUAUCAUAAGAUAUUGAUGCAUUACAAUGGAUACAAAUCUGGUAAGUUGGGAUACUGUUCUUGGAUUAGUGAUUCAAGAUCAUUAACACCUAAAACAGUCUAGUUUAUAUUAUUUUAUGAGAUGCUGAAAUUAUGUGGGUCAUAUAACAGAAGAGUGGCAUAGUAUGUUAUGAUUUGUAGUCAUUCUGGAUUUUAUAUACAUUUAAAACAUAUCAUCAAACAUUUAAAAUUUGUGAAUAAUUCUCAUUAAAAAAAUAUGAUUUGCACUACAUUUACUAAAAAAUUAUCCAUUAUCUGGACAGCAUUUUUUUACAUUUCUGUGUAUUAUGUAUAGGAAGAGAAUAGCAACUAAAAUUUUUAUCAUUCAGCCCAUUUCUCAUUCGUAAGAUAUACAGUGGACCCCCGGUUUACGAUCAACUCCCAAUGCAACCAAUUUAUAAGUGUAUUUAUGUAAAUGCGUUUGUACGUGUAUGUUUGGGGGUCUGAAAUGGACUAAUCUAAUUCACAAUAUUCCUUAUGGGAACAAAUUCGUUCAGUAAUGGCACCUGAACAUACUUCUGGAAUGAAAUAAUAUCGUAAACCGGGGGUCCACUGUAUAAUACAUACACGUAACGUCAUGCCUUAGAAACUCAUGUAUCCUCCUUGUGAGGAAUUGGGUUAAUAAGUUUGACUUAGUUGUCAAGCAAGAGAGUCAAGAGCAUACCAGAAUGGUUAGUAUGUUAUAUACCAUACAUCCAGAAGUAAUCUUUUUUUCCCUGAAAUAUGGACUUAUUGUUCUGCCAGGGCAUGAUGAUGUCUCUCCCAUUUACCCAUGUAUAAAGCUAAAUUGGUUACCAAAUGUGAUUUUUAUAUAAGAGUUUACAGUGCACAAAGGAAUUUUGUUUUAAUAUUUUUUUUUUAAAUGUGUGUGUGCACUUCAGGAACAUUAUAGUUAGCCCCCACAUGUAGUAUGUACUAGAAUCUCGGUAUUAUUUUUCAACACUUUACUCACUUUAUAUUUCUGCUGUUAUACUGCUAGAUAAAUAACAAGAUAGAUUCAGUAACUUCUACAGUCACAAAGGUUUUAGCAGCAACCGAGGGAUUAACUUCUACAAACACAAAGGUUUUAGUAGCAACCAAGGGAUUACCUUCUUGUUUAUACAUGUGAUCCCAUGGUAUACUGUCGAGUAUUGAUUAUCCAAAGUCUUUGCCUCAAAAAAAAAAGGUUCAGUAAAUUUUAAUCUUGGUAUUUCAUAUAUUGCAAUGUAUUAUGCUCGAGAAUGAGUGAUGGUGAAUGUAUUUCCUUCUUUGGAUCACCCUGCUUAGGUGGGAAAGUCAGUAUUUUAAAAAUUGUAUCUGUAGAAUAAAUGUAAAAUGUAUGUACGUAUUUAAGAGAGUAUGUGCAUAUACUGUUGGUUUAUGUGAAUGACUCUGUGUGAAAAUGUACAAUACAUUGUACAGUAUGAGCAUUAUCUUGUACGUGCACACUCCUUGUUCAUCAGCACACAGUAUAUACUAUAGUUACUAUAUCUGUAUUUUCCCCACAUCCUGACCAUCAUAUACAUCCUGCACACACAAACCUACAUCAUAUAAACAUAUUGUAUACAGGUAUUCAAGUUUCCUGUGCUUUAUAUUUUUAUAACUAAUGUAUCCAUACAGUGUAACAUAACUAAAAUUAAUUUUUUCUAAUAAAAAAAAAAAUGACAAUGCUAGUCUGGAGGGAAGAAUUUGGAAGGAUAAAGUUUGAAAAUUGCACCAACCUGUGUUAAAAUGGGCAAAGUGCAAAUUGCAGCUCAAGCUUUGAAGUCACAACCAACUUGGUUAAUCAAUUCUCAUUUAGUCACUGUUUUGGAUAAUCAAAACUCGACUAUUGGCGUUUGUUUUGAAUGUUUGAAUUGCACUCCAGAUGUUGGUAUUGUAUUGUCAAAGGCAAUGUAUCAUUUGAGAAACAUUCUUUUAAUAUUUUGAAGAAGCAGUUUAUUUACAUGUAAGUUUAAUUGCAUGUAUUGUAUUACAGUGCUGUAUUUAUUUGUAAUAUACAGUUUGGUGCAUAUGAAGUGUACAUUGUGCACUAAGUUUUGUUAGAUUUCUUUGUUAUUGGAGACACUUCUCUUAUUAAAAGCAUAAUAACUUCAGUUUAAUAAUUUUCUUUGAAAUUAUACACCUUAUUAACAAUAGAAUGAAUUUUCUCAGGCCUCAUUAAUCAUCUGUAUAUAAAGCAUAUUUCAUAUUUUCAUGCUACAUUGAUAUGUAUUUGUAUAUAUUUGCAUCAAGUACUUGGAAUAACUAAUGAUUUAUUUCUUAGAUGUAAUGUGUUAUUAGUGUAUGCCACCUUUUCUUAUUGUGCACUUCAUGAAAUAUUUGAUGUAGUCAAGUUACUUAACUAAUUUGUUUUUACCACAUUUGCUGUUUCUUGUCAUGCUCUCUUGGUGGGAAAAGGCCAAUAUGGUACAAAAAACUUGGCAAACAGCUCUUUAACUAAGAUAACCCUGUUCAUUACUCAAUUUGCUGUAAGUGGCAAUUGUGACACCUUGAACACAACCUCAUUUAUAUAUUUAUUCAUGUCCAACACCAUUAGAUACUUAGUUAAUACAAUAUUAGUUAAUGCCUUUGAGGUGUCAAGCUCUUAUUCAAUGUAGAGUCUUUUCUGUCAGGCAUUGGGUUUCAUGACAUCUCUUUCUCAGUUGGGUGUUCAGUUUGUAGUCUUGUCCCCAUAUUCUGAAUCAUUCUAUAGUAAGAAGUCAGACCUUGCAGCUGUGACUAUUCCCAGAGUAAUUUAUAGGUCAUUAUUAUACCACCUGUCUUGCACUCCAAGACAAGCUGGCUCAUGCAAUUUCUUGGCUCAAUCUUCUCAGCUCUGACACUCUUCUGGAUGCACACCUUUGAACUUUCUCUAGUUUCUUUGAUAGAAUCUUCAUUUAAAUUACUGAAAGCAACCAUUUUGGUUGUCAUACCAGCCUAACAUUUGCUGUUGAUAUUAUUCUGCUUAUGUUUUCUUUGGGGACAUACUUAGUAUCAUUACCAUUACCUAAAUCUGUAAGGCCACCUGAAUUCAUGGGCCCACCUGAAUCUGUGGGGCCUGUGUCACUGAAGUCUUCCUUUCAACCAGAAGCAAUUUUCUUCUGAGGGCCUUCAGGGUGCCCACAGAUUGAGAUGGGGUCUAGGACAGAAAUGUACCUUACAACAAAAGUUUUUUUUUUUUUUUUUUCAUUUGCUAGGGUUUAUCUUUUAGUUAGCUAUGGUAUUUCCUCAAUCAUCCUUGUAGCCUAUCAAAGUCCUUUUGCAGUUUCUUUUAUAUGGCAUUUAUCUUUCAAAUUCUGUCAUCCAUCAUUCACUCCAUUUUCUAAAUUUGUUGUCUUUUUGUAGAAAUGUAUUUAUUUUUAUUAUCAGAUUUUCUUGGAUGAGUGAAUAAUCUGCAGUGAAAUAAUUUAUAUUUCUUUUAGUACAGUAAGUCAUUUAUAUAAAUUACAAUCUCUAGAUUGGCAUACUUCAUUCAUAGAUCCCACGGCAUUUCUCUCUCCCCUUUUUUUUUUUAUAUAAAACUUUUGAGCACCUGUUAAACCAUUCUUUACUGUGUUAUCAUUUUUUUUUUGCUUUUGAAUUAACUGUUCAGUUUACUUUUUCAUAUGUUGCUGAAGUCUGUGUAAUAUAAAUAUUUCUGCUCUUAUAGUAUCUUGUUCUAUUUGUGUCUUAGAAAAACUGUAAAUAUCACAAUAUUUUUUUUCUGAUAAUCUAGUCAUUCCUGUUUGUCUUUUGCCUCUGAAUAUUUAGUAGCAUAAGGUCUUUCCAAUAAAACAAGAUUGUUUCUUUCCAAAAUGUCUUCAAGUAAUUUGUUUUAAGAAUUUCUUCCUCUUUUCUGGCAGAUACUAAUUGUAGUAAUGACUGUAUGUUGCUUUCUCUGACUGUAUCACUUUUAAAAUGUCAGCACCUGCAUAUAAAACAUGUCAUUACUUUUAGAAAUUUGGCUGACUGUUUACAACUCCAACCUCUAAGGCAGCCCAGUCUAUUUCUUGAUGGCCAAAAUCCCUGUUUACAAUUGAUUUUACCUUUUCACAUUCAAUUUUUACUAAAGUGCAGCUCCUCAUUUAUCUUUUCAAAUUCUUCUCUCUUCUUUGUGGUGUUUAACAGUGGGUUUUAAUGCAUUUAUUAUUGGGAGUUUUUAUAGCUUAACUUUGGAGUUCUGCCACUAAAAUCUUGAUAUUAUUGUACUUGAACUUUUUGCUUUAAUUUCUGUAACUUGCAGUGUCUCUUUUACCAAUAUUUAUAAUAUUCAUUUCUCUACUAUUUUUGCUCUUCUUGAAAAUAAUUUUCCAUGAAUGCUGCUGUAGAUUUUUGCAGUUAGACUCAGUGCAUCAGGUUUCUUCUCUUUUAUAAUGUCCCUUAACUUUAGUUUUUUGGAGAUUAUUUGUGUAUAUUUGUACGUAGUAUAUAAAAAUGAUAAAUUUGUUUGCCUCAGAUUUCGUUUUUUUUUUUUCUUAAGAUUUUUUUUUUCAAUCUAGCCUUCUCUUCUUUGCCCUGAUAACUUAUUUGACGAGUUCAGUUAUUUUUCUUUCUAGAAAUCUGUAUUCUUAUCUUCCUUACUUGUAACAAGGCAGAUGUGUCACUGCCUUGAUGGGGAAAUGGCUGAUUUCUAAUACAGUAUGUAUAUAAAAAAUGGAAGGUUGGUACAAAGGUGGUUUUGAGAGAUAGGGGCUUGAGCAUCCAGCAGAUGUGUGCGAGCAUGUUUGAAUUAUUGUUAGAAUGUGAGCAGGAUAAUAUUUAUAAAUAAAUUCACAGAAAGUUGAACAUUUUGUUAAGGAGGUGGGAAGUGCAGUGCCUGCACUCUGAUGGAUGAGGGGUGCAUUUCGGUGCAUCAUUUAAAUAGUGAUGUCUAUGCUCUCCUUCAUAAGCAGCUAAUGAAUAAGUUACAGUGAAUGUACUAUAAUCACUAAUUUGUGUGUUUGAAUAAGCUGCAUUCAGAUUUUUAGAUGUCUUGUGUGUAACAUACAGGUAUUGUCAGUUUUAAAUUUUCACAUACUUAUAAUUCAGUUCUUUGCCUUGAAUUUUUUUUUUACUUCAGUUUCAGUUGACUCUUCAAGAAGAAAUCUUGUUUUAGAGUAAGAAUGGUGUUGGCUCUAUAAAAUCAUUGUGAAUACCUGGUUUGCUCAUAGUGUAGCAUGUAAUAACUUGCUCUCAGUUGCAGUCUUCGUCUCUUGUAUUUUACACUUUUCUAAACUACUCUGGGCUAGUUUUGGCUGACCAAUUGUACAGUAACUUGGUUCCUGGAGAAGCCAAAUAAAUGUCUAUUUGGGGGCAAUUCUUUUACUUUUGAGUUUCACUUUGUCCUGUUUAAACUAGUGUAUAAUUUCUCUGAAUAAAAUUCAUAUGAAAG